GAUACCUUUCACAUCACCCAGCCCAUAUUCAGUAUCCACUUAGUCCAUAGUCUGCUAUACGAAGAAUUGAACACAGCUUUCUUCUUCGGCUGCAAUACACACACACCGUAGUCGGUGCAAUUUGUAUUCGCUUUGAGUACACGGUAUUUCCUGAAACUUCGGGUGCGUGAUUUUUUUUUCAAUUGAGAUUGAGGGCCAUUAUUCCAAAGUGCAGUUACAAAAAAGUUGAAGAGAAAUCGAUCUGUUGUGGUGAUAUGUGCAUUUUUUGAGUUCUUCUGGAAUUGAUGAUAGGAUAGGUGUAUAUGAUGUUAUCGACGAGGGAUUUCCAAUGGCUGUUCCUCAUAUUUGGACUAACGAUAUGCAUCACAUUUGCAAGCUCAAAGGAAAUACGAGUGGUUUGUUAUUAUACGAACUGGUCAGUUUAUCGUCCUGGUACUGCUAAAUUCAGUCCCCAAAAUAUAAAUCCGUACCUUUGUACCCAUCUUAUAUACGCAUUUGGAGGAUUCACCAAGGAGAACACAUUGAAACCUUUCGAUAAAUACCAGGAUAUAGAGAAAGGUGGUUACGCAAAAUUUACGGGAUUGAAAACUUACAAUAAAGACUUGAAAACUUUGCUCGCAAUUGGGGGUUGGAAUGAAGCAUCAUCUCGUUUCUCUCCGAUGGUUGCAAGUGCCGAUAGAAGGAAGCAACUAGUGAAAAACUCGAUUAAAUUCCUGCGACAGAACAACUUCGAUGGUUUAGAUCUGGAUUGGGAGUAUCCCGCAUUUAGAGAAGGUGGAAAAGCGAGGGAUAGAGAGAAUUAUGCCAAAUUAGUCCAGGAAUUGCGUGAGGAGUUCGAGAGAGAAUCAGAAAAGACUGGAAGAACAAGAUUGCUUCUAACCAUGGCUGUACCAGCAGGUAUUGAGUAUAUCAAUAAAGGAUACGAUAUACCUAAAUUGACGAAAUACUUGGACUGGAUGAAUAUCUUGAGUUACGAUUAUCAUUCUGCCUUCGAGCCUGCUGUCAACCACCAUGCACCCCUUUACCCUCUGAGGGAAGCCACCGAAUACGAUUAUGAUGCUGAGCUAAAUAUCGACUACACAAUCAAACACUACCUCGAAAUGGGUGCAGAUCCGAAUAAGUUGGUGAUGGGUGUUCCAACAUACGGAAGAUCAUACACCCUUUUUAAUCCUGAUGCAAACGCCAUCGGAGAUCCUGCGGAUGGUCCUGGAGAAAUGGGUGAAGCUACGAGAGAGAAUGGUUACUUGGCCUACUACGAAAUCUGUGAAAAUGUCAAAUCCAACGGAUGGACUGUUGUUCAACCUAACGAUAAAGCGAUGGGUCCAUACGCUUACAAGGAAAAUCAAUGGGUUGGGUACGAUGAUGAGAAUAUAGCUAGAAGGAAGGCUGAAUAUGUUGCUGAGAAUGGUUUGGGUGGAAUUAUGUUUUGGGCCAUCGACAACGAUGAUUUCAGGGGAAGCUGCCAUGGUAAACCAUAUCCGCUGAUUGAAGCCGCUAAAGAAGCCCUUAUUUCUGCCUCAGGGUUGACAGAUGAAAAUCUCAUUUCACCCCCAUCUAAGCCAACAAAAUCGAAGAGUAGACUAAGAAAUAGGCAGAAAACGACGACAGAAGAACCUUCAACAGAAAAGUCUGAAGUAGCUCAAAAAUCGAACAGUUCACGAAGAAGGAAUAGGCUCAAAUCGAAGGCCAACAACAGAGUGUCUGACUCAGACAGCAAGUCUAAAUCCAGGAGAAAUGAAGCGAAGAAAGCGGAAACCUCAACCUAUAGCAGUCUCAAGGUGAUCACGCCUGCUUACACCACUCCUGAACCACCAUCAACACCAGAUCAAGGAGGAGCAUUCAAAUGUGAAGAUGAGGGCUUCUUCCCGCAUCCCAAGGACUGUAAGAAAUAUUUCUGGUGUCUCAGUGGUCCAGGGGAACUGGGAAUAGUAGCUCAUCAGUUCACUUGUCCAGCUGGACUAUUCUUCAACAAAGCUGCAGAUUCUUGCGAUUAUUCGCAAAAUGUGUUGUGCAACAAGAAGCUCUCGAAGACGACAAGUACGACGGAAGGUAAAAAGAACGUGGAAACUGUGAAGACAACGACAGAAAGAAUUUCAACGACAGCAGCAACUAGAAGAACAACAGCUAGGACAACUACCACUACUGAAGAAGAGUACGAUGAUGAAUAUGAGUACGAAGAUGAGGAAAUAAAUGAUGGAAAAUCAGAUUCUGAGGAAGAUCCAAGGGUGAUUAAAGAACUUUUGGACCUCAUAAAAAAAGCAGGCGGUAUAGAGGAAUUAGAGAAGCAGCUCAAUAUUGGUCACGACGAGGUGAAAGAAGGCGCCACUACACCUUCUACUAGAACUAAAUCUAUAGUAGAAAAGUUCCUGACUAGCAGAAACAACAAAAAUACUUCAGGAACUAGCAAAUAUACAACUAUAAACCGAAACAGCAGAGGUCCCCAGAAUGCUGGUAUAGAAAAAGAUGAUGAAAUUCCGAAGAAAACUGACAAAAGACCACAAUACACCACAAUAUCGAGAAAAAGGCCCACACCAAAUAAGGACGAAACUGAUGAUGAGGAAAACGAAGAGAAAGAAGAGAAGCCGGCUAUUUCCAAAUACGCAACUAUACGAAGAAGUAAGGAAGGAUUAACUAUUGAAAAUAGGCCAAUUGUAGACCGAAAUAAAAUAUUAGGUGAGGAAGAUAGAGAUACUGAGGAUAGUAACAGAAGAGAGGUAACAGUGCACACUACACCACAAUAUGUAAAUAUAAGAAGACAAAGACCCACAACAACUACAGAUCAGAGCUCGACUGCCAAGUAUGUAUCUAUCAGAAGAUCAACCACAGCGGAUUCGGUUAAGGAGGAGGAGAAAGAAGAACCCACAACUUCCAGGAAUGAAGCAUCCGAUUCUCCAAUCACGGAGAGAACAACGCCUUCUUUGAGAUAUCAAACGCUAAACCGUCAAGCAAUCACGACCACAACAGAAAUCUCUUCCUCUACUGAACCAACCACAACAAGAGAAGUUCCAUCUACACAUCAAGAUAUUAACACAACUCCAGACGUUCCCAGUACUACAUUUUCAAGAUCAACAGAAGUUGCCUCUACUACCACUACAGAAGUUACAGAUGAGCCAUCGUCAUCGCCGAGCUCUACAUCCGCUGCAACUUCUUCCACAUCAACAACCAGCACCGAAGAAACGAAAAUACAAACCACUAAAUCCCCGGUUUUGUUUGAACCUAGACCGUUCUCGAAAUCAACCAUAUCAACGACGCACAAACCCGUAAGAACAAAUAUCCGCUCAACAGCAAGUCCUACUAAGGUGAGUGACACAACAGUAAGAUCUCGUUUCCGCAGACCAUUCGUCAAUAAAAAUAUAGAUAACGCCGAUGGUGUCAGCGAUAAUAGUGUGGAAUCGGAAAGUAGCACUGAGAAUGUAAGUACAACAAGACGCAUCCUAAGGAAUAAAAGUAGAUUCUCAAGACCAGAUGUAGCGAUUAACGAAGACUCUACAGCUGCUGCCAAACCGGCAUUCCGACAAAGAAUACGUCCAGUAUCUUCAAGCUCAACUCAGAAAACCAUAAGUGAUAAUGAACAAGACGAAAUUCAAAGAAAAUAUCGUCCGUUGAGUUUAGACGACCUUUCAUCACUUACUGCAGCGGAUAUAACAAUUCAAAAAGGAAACAGAGACGGUGGAUUUAGAAGAACCAGGUUACGAACAACCACAACUGAUACCCCUGAGGAAGUGUCGACUACAAAAAGAAAAUCAUUCGAAAGGAGCAGAAUAUCAUCAACUGGCAGAACUACCACUUCCUCCAGCACCACUGAAAAAACAUUCAUCGAUGAAGAACAAAACGAAAUAAGGUUUGAAAACCGUUCCAGGAAUUCAGAAAAAACUACUGAAUUGCCUAAAGUUAUAACUACAAGAAGGAGAACGUUCUAUAGGCCUAGAAUAUCAACAGUUGAACCAACUAGCAGUGAAAUAAACAAUGAUUUGAAUGAUCAGAUCAAGUCUGGCACAGAUGAGAUACAACUGGGUAAGCAAAGCCGAAAUGAAUCCUCUGGUUCGGAAGUCGUAAGGAGGCCUGUUAAAAGAAUGAGAAAAGUACUGAAGCGUUUAAGAACUUCCACAUCAUCUCCAAGUACUCCUGCUGUUACCCACAGAGGCAAAUCUUUGUCGUAUGCUGACUUAGACCAUGAUAUUGUUACCACUUCGGAAGGAUCAUCAUCGACACCUGGUUUAAUCCUUGUCGACGCUGACUCAAAUGAAGCCAGUAUUUCCGAUGAAACUAUCGAAGAAGAUGAAAAUAUAAAACUAUCAGCUACAAAUAUCCGCGAAAAUAGUAAUAUAAAUAAUGGCAAUGCAAUUUAUGACAUAGGUUUCCGGAAAUUCAAAAAAGCAGAGAUUGUAUUCGACAAAACGCGUUACGGAAGCAAAUAUGAUGUGGAGGCUACGACCUCGACUACAACAUCUACAGCAGACUAUGGUUCAGCUAAGAGUAGAAAAUUCAUUCGUCGGUUUAGACCUACAGUACCUACUUCUCAGCAGGAAUCACCAACAACAAAAUCAUAUGAUGAGAGUAGCACAGAAACCAAACCAGGACGUGGUAGAAAAGUAAUUCGUCGUUUGAGACCAAAUACUAAAUCAUUUUCAGAUACAAAUCUAGAUACAUCAUCCGAAGCUAGCCUAGAAAAAAUAACAAAGAGUUAUCGAGCUCCACAAUUUAUCGAAAAGAGACGUCAGUACUACAAUAGGGACAGUAUCAAAAUCACUAAAAAUUCCAAUUUCAAUCGUAAAUUAACUACAGAAGAUUCAGUUUCUACACAGAGUGUAUAUAACCGAUUUGGAAAUGUUAAAGAUACAGGUACAACAUCCUCUUUGGAAGAGACUGAAACUAAUUUUGAAACGACUACUCACCGAGGAACUUUGAGGUAUGUCGACAUAGUGAGAUCCACAACUUCUACAGAGAGCAGCGCAGAUCAGACAGAUGAGAAUGAAAAAGACAGGAACAGAGCAUUUUAUUUCACAACACCUCAUGCUUCGACCUUGGCAGAUGAUUCGAGUGAGUUUUCAUCUACUACGAAUUCCGAAGUAACGACUUUUUCUUCUCAUUAUGAAUCGAGAGAAACUGAAGAGAGUACUCAGAAUGUUUCAGAACUAAGUGAAAGUAAAACAGAAAAAAUGAUUACUCAGUUUGAGGAAACUCCUCAAAAAUCUCUUUAUGAAACUACCGAGACUAUUUCCUCCGAUACUGCAUCCCCUGAAUUUACCACAACUCCUGUAGAAGUGAGCACUUUUAUGGAUUCGAAGAUUGUUGAAGAUACUGCAGUAUCUUCUGAUGCAACAGAUGACAUAGAACUACUUUCUACCAUUAGUCCAGAGAAUGAAACAACGAAUUUGACCACUGAAGAUGUAUCUACUCUCUCCAGUACGUUUGAAACUACAACACCAACAACAACAACCGAGUAUACAAGAAAGAGUACCUUACGUAGCUCAAGACUAAGACCAACCUACCAAAUAAGAAGAUCAACAACUUCAACAACCACAAAGACGCCGAAAGAAAGCAAAGUAUCCGACAAAUCAUCAAAGUUCUUCACGCGUAGGAAGCCUUCUUUCAGACAGAAAAGUACAACCGAACCCAACCCAUCCCAAGAGAAACCUUCAGAGAAACCAAGAAGAAGAUAUCCAUUUUCGAAAUAUGGUAGAGUUUCAACAACAGCUUCAUAUACUGAUGUGGAUCAGUUGGAGACGAAAACCACAACGGCUGAAAAUUCCUCAAUAGAAUCCAUUUCGGAAGAGAAUGUCAGUUCAGAAAAAUCACAGCCUAAUAAGCAAAGACAGCCUAAUUUCUUCACUAAAUCCACAACAGAAGUAUAUCAAACCAGUACAGAAUCCAACAAAUCCUUGAAAUCUGACACGGCUGAGAAGCAGAAAUUAAGGAAUAAGUCGCUGUUUUCCAAAAAACGAAAGAUGAACAUACCUAUAUAUUCCUCCUUAGAAGUAAAAGAGGAACCAACCACUGAACAUUACACGACUCUAUAUCACGUUUUUGCCGAACCAGAAGUUCACGAAAAUGACACAAAUAUAAUGAUGAACAACGAAACAAACGUGAAUGAAGAAGGCAGGAUCGAACCACUAGUGGAAAUUAAUAGAAUCAUAGAGGUGCACAUAAAAAAUGAAAAUGAUAACAGUAGUGGCGUGAACAAUGAAGCCAAGAGUAUCUUCGAUAAAAUUGGAGCUAUCAAUAGGGUGACAUCUAUAAAGGUAGUGGAUGGCAAUGGUACCAAAAUAGCAGACUUACCGCUCGACCAAACCAGCCAAAGAUUAGCUGUGGUUCAUGAUAUAAUCGCACAGGAAAAGAAAAACGAAGCCAUAUCGGAGCACCGAAAAGAGAGAAAGUUUGAUUUUGACGUAAAAGGCCUUCCAAAUAACGAACUUAAGAACGGCGUCCAACGCCCUGAGAUAAUUGACGGUAUUUCCCAUAUUAAAGUUAUAACUCCAAAGCCCAUUCUAUCAGCGGAAGUAUCCACUAUAGCCUUAGAAGCCCUAUUCUCAACCACAGAAAAAUCUAAGGUUUCUGAAGACAAAAAUUCAACAUCUCUGGCAGAAAAUGAGUUGUUAGACACAGAAUACUCGAGGUUUGUGAAUAUAAGAGUAAUAAAACCUGUUGAUGGUCGAAGUUUAAGUGACGAUGUGCCAGCGGAUACCCCUAAGGUGGUCAAACUCCUUUCAAGUGAUGAGGAGGUCACCAUGGAAGCGAAAGUAGUUGAAGUUACUCCAAAAAAUCUGGACCAAACCAUACGAAUUGCGCCCAUUCAAGUAGCCAUGGCACGAACUAUCGCUGACACCCCUAUCAUAGGAAUUAAAAGAUUGAACGAAAAAAUAAGCAAUACACCUUUUAGGUCUUCAUUAGAUUCGGGUGAACAUUGACAAAAAUUCACAUAUAUCUAAAUUAUGAGCAAUAUAUGAGAGUAUUUUAGGUUAACUUAGUCUUAAUUUGUGUAGGUACUUAUGUAUAUAUGAUGUCCUUUAUUUAAAUAUGUUUUGUAUGUGGUUCAGAGUGAAUUUUUGUUGUAAAUAGUAGCACUUUGUAACAUAACGCACUGUUUCUGCUGUUUGAUUGUGUGCCAUAACCUAUUAUGUUUGUCUUAAUGUAGGUGGCCAGUGAGUCUCUUCUGUACUGUUUGUGUUUAUAAAUAUAAACAUUAUGUUGAA